UGACCCAAAAAUCUGGUUUAUCAUCACUUUUGAGUCACUUAGUAGUAAUGGGAAAUACCUUAGGAUCGAAGAAGACCACAAAAGUAAUGAAAAUUGAUGGGGAAACCUUCAAGCUGAAGACACCAGUGAAAGUUGGUGAUGUACUUAAGGACCACCCUGGUCUUGUUUUGUUAGAAUCUGAGGCAGUGAAGCAUUAUGGGAUAAGAGCAAAGCCUUUGGAAGCACACAAAGAGUUGCAACCAAAAAGACUCUAUUUUCUUGUGGAGCUUCCAAAAGAGAGUACAAUUCCAAGAAGGGUUCGUUCUGGCAUUAACAUGAGUGCCAAAGACAGGCUUGAAAGCCUUGUUCUGUCUCGAAGGUCUGCUUCUGAUCUUACAAUCAUGAAACCACAGAGCAGCAACAUGGAAGGGUCACAGAAUGGUGGAGUGAGGUUGAAAAUGAGGCUUCCAAAAGCAGAAGUUGAAAAGCUGAUCCAUGGAAGCAAAGAUGAAGCAGAGGCUGCAGAGAGGAUUAUGAAUAUGUACAUGGCUAAUAGUAGCAGUGAUAGCAAGCAUGAAAUUGAGAAAAUUGGAGAGAAGAUUAGUGUGCUGAACCGGGAAAUGCAUUGGAAGGGUACAAAGUCACGUGAGAGAAAGGUGAGUUUUAUGCCAAUCAGUGAAGGAGGGAGUUCUGUAGCUGUGGCUUCGUAACUAGUUAUUUCACAUUCAGGUGCUGUUAGCCAGGGAGAAUAUCUCAAAAUCGAAUGAGCUUUCUGCUGCUUAGUUAUAUAUAAGCGUGAUGUUACUUAUGUACUAUAUG